UCUCCUCAGUUUCCUUCUGUCUUCUCAUCUCUUAUGAGAGCUUUCUCUGGUUCUAUAUAUUAAACUGCCUUUCAUUUGGUAAAACUCAGACGGUUUCACACAACUACUUGGUCAAGAUUUAGGUCAAACUUGAGGGCUUGAGAGAUUUUCUUGAGGAUUAUUACAAGGAAGGAAGAGCUGUUGUUAAUUUCAAAGGAAAUGGACUACUCAGCUGCAUAUGAUGAUACUUCUUUGGAUCUUAAUUCCAUGCCUCUCAGACUUUUCAAUGACACUCCGAUGAUCAAAAAAGAGGUGCAUAGCAAAAUAUUGAUCGACUUUGGGAGGCAGCUUUCACCUAAAGAAGAGAGCGGUGCCCUAUUGGAAGAAUUGCACCGAGUGAGUGCAGAGAACAAGAAGCUAACAGAAAUGUUGACGGUGAUGGGAGAGAACUACAAUGCUUUGAGAAACCAACUGUUGGAGUACAUGAGCAAGAACCCUGAGAAGGAGCUUAGCCCAAUUUCAAAGAAAAGAAAGUCCGAAAGCAGCAACAACAACACAAACAGUAAUAAUAUCAUGAAUGGAGCAGUGAAUAGAAACUCGGAGAGCAGUUCCAGUGAUGGAGAGUCCUACAAGAAACCAAGAGAAGAGAUCGUCAAGGCUAAGAUUUCAAGGGCUUGUGUCCAGACAGAAGCAUCUGAUACAAGCUUGGUUGUGAAAGAUGGAUAUCAAUGGAGGAAAUAUGGCCAAAAAGUUACUAGGGAUAAUCCUUGUCCUAGAGCUUACUUCAAAUGCUCUUUUGCUCCAAGCUGCCCUGUCAAAAAGAAGGUUCAAAGAAGUGUUGAGGACCAAUCUAUUUUGGUGGCAACUUAUGAAGGUGAACACAACCACCCCAACCCUUCCCAAAUUGAAGCAACAUCGGGCUCAAACCACUGCGUGGCAAUAGGAUCCGUCCCUUGCUCAACCUCCCUUGGCUCAACUGGACCUACAAUUACUCUUGACUUGACCAAAUCCAAGUCCAGUACUGCAGAUGCCAAGAGCACAAAAACAAGAACUGAAACACCCGAAGUUCGCAAAUUUUUGGUGCAGCAGAUGGCUUCUUCCUUGACAAAGGAUCCCGAUUUCACGAAAGCACUUGCAGCAGCCAUAUCAGGAAGAAUACUUCAACAUAAUAUUUAUUGAAAGAAAAGAAAUGGUGAAGGUCAAUUAAAAGCCUUGGUCUUUCACUAGUUAGACUGUUUCUGAAGAUUAGGUGUAUUUGUAAAUACAACAAUGGAAAAAGAGGCCAGUACAAGGACACUCUUUUUAAUUCCAAUCCGCAGGGGAUUUAAAAUUUCUUCGGAAUUUGCUCGGCUAAAAGUUCAGCUAAAAUGCAUUAAUCUGCACAAUUGUAACAAUGAGCAGAACUAAGAGCCAGAGCUUUCGAAUCCUAUGGUUUCAGCCUAACCGGCUUUUGUAUCUCCGAGAACACUAAUUUAAUGCCUGCUUCGU